GCCUGCAGGCCGUCUUUGACAAGGAGUGGCAGGCCGGGCGCAUCACCCGUGACAGCUACCGGAACGGCUCCGAGGACGGCGCGCUGGCCUACAAGCUGCUCAUCCAGACGGGCGACAAGAAGGAGCCAUUCAACUACAACCAGCUCACCACGCGCCGCCUGGUGGACGAGAACGGCAUCAUCCCCCCGGAGACCUUCUACAUCUGCCUGACCGUGUGGGUGAGCAACGACCCACUGGGCGUCGCCGCCUCCCACGCCAACUUCUACCCCCCGCCGCCCGAGUGGAUCCACGACAAGUACGAUGCCACUGGCGAGAACCUGCGAA